AUGGACCGGAAUCCAGUGGACACGGAGCGUCGUCUACGCGCCAUGGAAAUCGCGUUCGAGCACGAGCGAGAGCAGCACGAAGUGCUUGAGAAGAAGUACGCGCGAUUGAAACGGCGCUACGUGCGACUCGAGCGGUCACACAGUCGUUUGCUCGUGAAGGCGCGGGAGAAAUGUACGACCAAUACAGUCGACGGCCCACCUGUUCAGUCGGAUACUGCUGGCAGUCGUAACGAGGCAAUGCCGAGCUCCGAGACAGCAGCGGUUGCAGUCAUUGACCUCACGAGUCCACGUCCUGGAUCAAACGCUGCCACGAGAUGCAACAGCACAUCGCCAAGUACUGAAUCCAGAGGGCUGCACAAUUCGCAGGUGGAUCGGUUGUCGAGCGAUGGUAUGUGCGGGGAAAGUCCGAGCUCGUUGCUGGAGUCUUCGACAGCACCAGCAGGUGGCCAUGGUGUUGGUGCGGAACAAGAAGAGGAAAAGGUGGAGAAGACAGAGGUGGAGGACGAGAGUGUUGGCAGGGAAAACAGUCGACGCAAUACGAACUCAUUGUUCUCGACCCCUGCGUCUCGGAGACGUCUUCAUUUGGACUUCACCCUUCCACCAGGUUUUCCAGAUUCCUAUCGCAUGGCUUCGAAUCCAGUGCGGCGGAUGCAGCGGCACGAGCUGCAUGGGAAUCGCCUCACCAGACUGGAUCGCUCUCCGCAAACAGCAAAUUCCAUGACAGCGGUUCGUGGAGAGCUCCGCGCACGAACCCGUCCACGACUUCGUCUCCACGACCGCUCGCCAGAACGAACUGCCACAUUUGCUUACGGACACGAAUUGGAACAGGAACUAGAGCCUCGGACACAUCGUCAUGAGCGGCCUGUUCCUCCCGUGUUGUCACCUGUGGUGUCCUCACCAUCAGUGCAGACGAACCCUUCUUCAUUGCCGUUGACCAUUUCGUCGUCUGUAUCCCGUUCGAGGGCUCAAAGCGAUGAAGAGGCCUCGUUGGCUUUAGCACAGUAUUUGCAACAACAGGAGAAUAUUGCGGCGUAUGAAGAGCACGAGGCUCGCUUACUCCGAGAAUCUGCAGGUCAAGUAUUCAACCAGCAAUCUCAUGAGCACUUGGGUUCCGUAUUCUCAGGCAUGUCAAACUACGAGCGCAGCAUCGACCCGGACAACAUGACUUACGAAGAACUCUUGCGACUCGGAGAAGAGGUCGGAGACGUGAAGCAGGAGAGAUGGCGACAAAUGGCUGUUCAAGUCAUUUCGAGUUUACCGACCCAUCAAUGGGCCCAAAGCCAUGGCGAAAACACCUGUAUUGUUUGCCAGUAUAGUUUCGUGCUGAACGAUCGGGCCAUGACUCUACCGUGCGCUCAUGUAUUCCAUGAAGAUUGCGUCGAUAGCUGGAUCCGUGAGAACAACAGUUGUCCGCUGUGCAAACGGGAAAUCUCUAUCACGUAA